AUGGAGAUAGAUUUAAUACGGACUGUGCGAAGUUGGGCAAGUGAGUCAAGAAUACUGGGAAAGAUGGAGUUGAAAGACAGGACAGCAUCAUCAAGGGGGAGUUGGUUGUUGGAGCUCCAUAUCUUUUGUGUCCCAGAUGAACUAUGGGACUCAAAGCUGAACACAGUGCCCAUGGAGUUUAUCAAUAAAUUCAUUUCCUUUGGAUUUAUAAGAGUGCACCCUGACACAAGUUUGCAAGUUUUAAGAGAACAGCUUGAAGAACAUAUUGGAGAAGAUGUGAUUACUGAUAAAUUCCUGUUUCUAAAAUCCGUAGGGAGGAGAUUAGCAGUGGUCAGAUUAAAACAAGAAUCAGAACUGAAGAUCAAAGCAUUUGCUCCACCCUAUGCUCCUUUUGCAGAAUUGUAUUUACUGCCUAGAACAGAGCAUGAUGGACGAAGUGUGGAUUCGCAGCUGUACACACCAGAACAGCAACACAAUAUUCUAGAUUACUACAAGGCCUAUGGAUCUCCUAAGCUACAGAAAAACUUGAACCCUCAGAAAGCACACACAAGAAAUGCUGAAGUAUCAACAGACUAUGGAAGUUAUACAUCCAGGUGUCCAGAGGAGGAAGAUCAUCUCCACAAGUGGAGGGAGAAGAGAAAUGAUAGUACUCCAGUGCAGCACUUUAAGAAUGAAGAUGAACAAGUUCAGAGUUAUAGGAGUCACCAGGAAGAAUUUGCUCAGAUACCAAAACGAGAAACCUUAGCCCAAACUGACAUGCAGGAUGCAGAGAUUUAUGUCCAGCAGAAAGAUUUAAAGAAAACAAAAAUCCCAAUAGAAGAUUCCACAAUUCGAGAAUCAUUAUGGGACAGAGAUGCAGAAUAUUUACAGAGUCAGAACAUUAAAAGUAUAGGACAUGAAGCCAAAAGAUCAAUAGGAAAUCAUUCCAGGAUACCAGUAAAACAGGCCGAAAAAAAAGUCCCAACCAUUUUACCAUCUCCAGUGCAGUAUGACCCCCCACCUGCUCCUCCUCUGGUUGCUUUUACAACUCACAGACCUCAAGUUCCACUGCUAAAUACUGACAAGGAGAAACUAAGUGAGCAGCUGAGAAUAACUAAACAUGAAAGAAUGCAGCUUGAAAAAACUAGAGAAGACCUGAUGAAAAAAGCUAGAGCACUGCUAGCAGAAAACCAGCUGAGAAGAAAUCAAGCCCGAGAUGCCUGGAAAAAGAAGUAUUUUGACACAAAAAAGGCAACAGCCCCACUAGAGGAAACUCUGAGCAGGUUCAGACAAGACCUUGAGAUGCAUUAUAAAAAGCUAAUACAGCACUUGGAGGCAAGAGAUGUUAAAAAGCGGUCCCAAAAUUUAUCUACUGACAGCAUUAAGAAUGAGCUGAUUAUCAAAAUCACUGAAGCCCAGCAGGCCACCGACAAGCUGAAAAGGAAAGUGGAGAAUGCCAAAAUGAAACUUGUGGCAGAAAUUAAGUUAAGAAAACAAGCAGCAGGAGAACUGCGAGCACUAAAGGCUGAACUGGCACAGAAGAAAAUCCAGUCUUCACUAAUACGACAGACUGGUACACAUGAACUGCAAAAGUACUCUUUUACUGGGAUUUCGCAAGGGCACACAUGAUAAUAUUUUAACUGCUGUCAGUAUUAGGAACCUAGCACACCUGCAUGACCAAUGGAUUCUUAUUGCUGAGUACUGUAUUCUGAUAAAUGGACAUCUAAAGUAUUACAACAAAAAUGUCAGACUAAU